AUGCCUAGAUCACGUUCAAAAAGUUUUAAUGAUUCAAAUGAUCGUUCAAGAAAACGUAGUCGUUCACCAUCUUAUUCUUCAAUAAAAGAGGAACCUAGUAAGAGACUUCAUAUAGCAAAUCUUGAUGAAAAUGUUAGAAAGAAGGAUUUAGAAGAAUCUUUUGGAAAAUUUGGUAAAAUUGUUGAUUUAUGGUUAGCAAGUUAUGCUCCAUUUUACGCUUUUGUAACAUAUGAUUCUUGUAAAGAUGCUGAAGAAGCUUGUGCAGAAAUGAGAAGUGCAUAUAUUGGUGGAUGCCGUAUCAAAACAACAAUUGCUUUACCAAGAAGAAGUCAUUCUGAUAGACCAAAAAGAAACUUUGACAGAAGAUACGAUAGAAAUGAUAGAAGAGGAGACUACAGACGUGAUGGUGACAGAAAAACAAAUUACAGAAGAGACUUUGAUAGAAACAAUUAUCGUAGAGAUGAUAAAAUGAAUUAUAAGAGAGAUGAUCGUGAUGGAUACCGUAAGUAUGACAACAGAAAUACUUUUAAAAGAGCAGAUGAUAGAAGAGAUAACUACCGUGAUAGAAAAGAACGUUCUCCUAUUUCAAGAAAGACUAGGCGUUCAAGAUCACGCAGUUAA